AUGAACCAAGAGAUCUUAGAGUCAACCGGAGAGGUUUUCUCCGACCUUGCGCAUGCGGAUGCAUUUGGUUCUCCGGAGGAUUUCGCAGAGGCCUUGCACCAUCUAAUGGAAUCAGCUCGGGCCACUGCCCUUGCAAAGCGAAGAAAUCAGGUUCAAGAGCUACUGAACCCUUUUCCGAACAGGACCGCUGCCACUUUGACAUUGAGCAACGAUGGCACAGCUUCGGAAUGCACAAUCUGUAAGGAGGAGCUCUCUCAAGUUGGGCAAACAGUCGUUCAGCUCCCAUGUCAUCCAGCACAUCUUUUUCACCGAGGAUGCAUUCAACCCUGGAUAGAACUAAACACAGGCUGCCCCAUCUGCCGAGCUGUAUUCCAACUACCACCACCCUCGAACUCGGAACCCGCUGGUUGA